UAACUAGAAUUUGGCCAGCGAUGCAAUGAAUAUUUAAUUGAGAGACAUGAAACAACCAUGAACACGAACACAUAUAUAUCCAUCGCCAUCUCAUUUAAUGUUAAAGUUGAACCAAAAUUAAAUUUCAGUAUGUCACCACCAUCUUCAUCUACACCUUGUGGUCUACAUUAACAAAACGUGAAAUUUCAACCACCAUAUACACCCCCAUCUCUCCAAAGCUACUAGAAUCGAUCUACUUAAUUUUCCUCCAAAAAAAAGUGUAUGAUAUAUGGAGAAAAAAACUCAACCCAUUUUACAAAAUUCGAUCACGAAUCCAAAGCAUGGUGCAGUGUGGGACUGCGGCAGCUCGCUCUACGACUCGUUCGAGUUGAAGGCGUUUGAGAGGCAGCUCGACUCGGCCAUCACUUCAAGAACCAUGUCCAUGCCCCACUUGUCCGACCGCCGCCCUCACCCGCCGGCGGGGCUAAGCAAGAAACCGGCGUCGAAGAUAUCUCGGUCUCUGCAGAGGUUGAUCCGGUCAGUUUUUGGACUCAAGAGCAAUAACACUAGUAAGUUGGGUUCGGGAGAACGGUUUUUCGUCGUUUAUGAUAAGUCGGCGGCGCUCUCGACGAUCCCGGAAGCGCCGGAGUUCGACGGGCUGUCGCCGGAGAUCAGGUCGCUGGUGAGAAGGACGGCGUCCGACAGAUUUAGUGCUACCACGGCGAUUGGUAUUUCUUGUGCUUGAUUCGUAUAUCACUAAUCAUGUUAUGUAUAGUAGUUUAAUUAAAAUAUAUAUGUGUUUAGAAUCAUGACUUGAUAAUUAUAUAUUGUGUGUUGUUUUUUGUGAGUCGAUGCAGUAUGUUAGAAAUUUACAGAUUGUUAGGGUAUGUAUGAGUUUUACAGUGUAUGGAUCUAUAUAAAAUUGUUAAUUAAUCUCAAA